UACGGACAAGUCAGCAUAUUUUGUACCACCCAUCAUCAUCAUCAUCAUCAUCAUCAUCACCAUGCAUUCAUACAUACAUGCAAGCCGUUUAUAAAGUCACUUUUUUAUGACUUUCGGGGGUUGGUCGCUUCACACUGAAACUGCUUCCCUGAAAGAGCCACCUGGAACAUCACACACUCGCCGACGCCAGGACAGAUUAUCAGUCUUUCCUUCAGCCGAGCGAGAUGAUGAAGGACCACAAGGAGCAGACCUACUGGCAGGAGACAGGUCGAUGGGAAGGCCACGAGGAGAGCUUCGACCCCCAGUCCGGGGUGUGGGCGAGCUCUCAUGUCUCCUACCUCACCUUCAAGAGCCUGGUCCAGCUGCGACGUUCCAUGAACACAGGUGUGAUGCUUUUCAACAGUGAGGAGAAGACCUGGGCCAGCAUGGCUGAGAAGAUAGUCGCUGAGAUGCUCAAACUGAAGCAGAUCAGACCAGGAGACCAGGAGGGGGUGAUGAAAUCACUCGUCCAGAACCGCAGUCAACAAUCUGAUCCUGAGAGUCAAGCCUUGACUGAUGGAGUGGAUCUACGCAGGUUUUCAGUCAAGGAAAGGAGGGAUGAAUGUGACCGUGUGGAGGCCUCCAUGGUGUUAGUAGGAGCUUUGGACUUCCUGGAAAAGCCCGUGGUUGUGUUUGUGCGUCUGAAAGAAGCGACGGCGCUCGACUCCGCCUUGGAGGCUCCGGAUCCGCUGCGCUUUGUCUUUGUGCUGAUUGGGCCCAGCAAUGCUGACAUGGAUUACCACGAGACUGGACGAGCCAUGGCGGCGCUAAUGGCUGAUAAAGUGUUCAACCAGGCAGCAUCACGAGCUAAAAAUCUGCGAAGCCUCAUCGACGCUGUGGGCGACUUCAUGGACUGCAGCAUUGUCAUCCCGCCCACUGAGAUCCAAAGUGAAGCCAUGCUCAGCUCCAUCAUCAACUUCCAGAAGAAGUUACUGCAGGAGAGAUUCCACUCAUCUGAAUCCAUGCUGGAUAGCAAGCCUCGCCAGGUUUCCUUCUCUACCGAACCCCCUCCUGAAGACCCUCUGGCCCGCACGGGUCGACCCUUUGGUGGAAUGAUUCGAGACAUUCGAAGACGCUACCAGUACUACAAGAGUGACAUUAAAGAUGCUCUUAACGCUCAGGUUCUUGCUGCCAUCAUCUUCAUCUACUUUGCAGCACUCUCUCCUGCCAUUACGUUUGGUGGUCUCCUAGCUGACAAGGUGGAGAACAUGAUGGGCGUUCCGGAGCUUCUCAUAUCAACAAGCAUCCAGGGCAUUAUCUUCUGCUUUGUUGCUGCCCAGCCCGUGCUUGUCAUCGGCUUUUCUGGUCCUCUAUUAGUGUUUGAGGAGGCCUUCUAUGCUUUCUGCAAGUCCCAGGACAUUGAGUACAUUGUCGGGCGAGUGUGGGUGGGCGUGUGGCUGGUCAUCAUUGUAGUGAUCAUUGUCGCCUGCGAAGGAAGCUUCCUGGUGCGCUUCAUCUCCCGCUUCACCCAGGAGAUAUUCUCCAUUCUCAUCUCCAUCAUCUUCAUCUACGAAACCUUCGCCAAGCUUGCCAGGAUCUUCAAGGCCCACCCACUGGUUCUGAAUUACGAACACCUGAAUGAGUCAGUAGAAAACCCCUGGCGCCCAAGAGUGGAACAGACCAUCAUGUACGACAACGCCACCGGAAAUGCGACUAUUAUUGUCAACACCAUUAAGCCGCCAUACCCCAACACGGCUCUGCUGUCCAUGUGCCUCAUGCUUGGCUGUUUCUUUAUCGCCUACUUCCUGCGCCAGUUCAAGAAUGGUACCUUUCUGCCUGGAAAAGUCAGACGUUUGAUUGGUGACUUUGGCGUGCCCAUCGCCAUUUUCCUGAUGGUUGUCAUAGACUACAGCAUUAACGACACCUACACUCAGAAACUAGUGGUCCCUAAAGGUCUGAUGGUGUCCAAUCCGGCCAAAAGAGGUUGGCUCAUCAAUCCAUUUGGAGAGCACACCCCCUUCCCUGUAUGGAUGAUGUUUGCAUGCUGUGUCCCGGCCUUGCUCGUCUUCAUCCUCAUCUUCUUGGAGUCUCAAAUCACCACAUUGAUCGUGAGUAAACCUGAGAGGAAGAUGGUCAAAGGAUCCGGAUUCCACUUUGACCUCCUCAUCCUAGUGGGCAUGGGUGGCAUCAGCGCGAUAUUUGGCGUGCCGUGGCUCAGCGCCGCGACUGUGCGCUCCGUCACGCAUGCCAACGCCCUCACGGUCAUGAGCAAAGGACCCAAACCUGUGAUCGAGAGAGUCCUGGAGCAGAGAAUCAGUGGCAUUGUGGUAGCUCUGCUGGUUGGUCUCUCCAUUCUGAUGGAACCCAUCCUCAAGAUGAUCCCCAUGGCGGCCUUAUUCGGGAUCUUCCUCUACAUGGGAGUUACAUCACUAAACGGCAUCCAGCUGUGGGACCGGAUGCUGCUUCUCUUGAUCCCUAAGAAAUACCAUCCAGAUGAGCCGUACGCCACUAGAGUGAGCACCGGCAGAAUGCACUUGUUCACGGGCAUCCAGAUUGUGUGCCUUGCUGUUCUUUGGAUCGUCAAGUCCAGUCCGGCGUCCCUUGCACUUCCAUUUAUUCUCAUUCUUACCAUUCCCUUACGUAUGAUCAUGACCGGGCGUCUCUUCACUGAGCUGGAGAUGAAAUGCUUGGAUGCUGAUGACGCCAAAGUGACGUUUGAGGAGGAGCCGGGACAGGAUGUGUACUGGGAAACGCAGAUGCCAUUGUAGACUGACAUGAUAAAAAUACAAAAAUUAUAUUAUCAUAUGUAAAUAUGACAUUAAUUAAAGUUAGAAAAAACUAAUUUCCUUUGAAAAGUUGGGCCAGAUUAUGUUUUCCACAUUAAAUGUCAUUUCUAUAUUGCCAAUAUUUUAAUGUUGUCUCAAAUUAUGAAUGUUAGUAACAUAACCUGAACACAAUAAUAAGAACAGCAUAAUAAACAAGACAUGUGAUGUCUUGUUUUUAAAAACAUGAUAAUACAUUAAAUGUUAAUUUCCA